CUCUUGACAACUUAACUAUAAUCUGCAUGCACAAUUUUCAUUUGGCUCACGUCUAGCAUGUGGUUCUCCAAUUAGUAAAGGAUGUGUGUGUGUGUGUGUGUGUGUGUGUGAGUGUGAGUGUGAGUGAAUGUGCACACGGCAUGCAUGGAUAAAUAAAUAAAUAGAAGACAGGUGGUCAUGGAAAUGAAAGCCUCUUAAGGAGCUUGUUAGCUAGCAGGUCUCUGGGCAGGUGGAUAAAGUGCUUGUGAUUAAUUGAUACGGGUCUGGAGUUCGAAUUCCAGCUCACCUAUUGACUCUUUGCUAGUUGAUCUGGCUGUGCAAAUUUUGAAGAUGCUUAUCAUUUGGGGUUCUUUUGAAGUGCUUCCCUUACUCAUGUCCCCGAAGCAUGUUUUAAGAAGCAGUUUAGAACUUUGGUGUGAGUGUUGCUUAGGAGGAAGCAAAGAGGAAACACUACAUUUGAGUUGUCAGAAGAAUUUAAAAUGCAGUUCAAACAAAAUGGCUGGUUGGUGCGACCUUUGCGUAUGGAGUGUGGUCGCUAUCAAACUCAGUUUCUUCAUUUGUAGCACAGUAAUAAUGAUCAUUUGCUUUGCAUGCCUCUUGUGAGGGUGGAUGAAUUAUUGCUACUUGUCUAGAGCCUCAUACAGUUAGACUAUGAAUCUAAAUGAUCCUUAAUGGAGAAUUUCUAGCUACCAGAAACAGUAUGAAUGUAAACCAAUGAUAUACCAAAUGUAUAAGAACCCUACAGUGAAGCAAUGCAGUUUUUUUCAGGGGCAGAACACCUAAGUUUUAACAUGGUUGAUGUGCUUUCUUGCUCCUUCUAGACUGGAAACUGGUGCAUGGUUCUGGAAAUCUGCUGCUUACUCUAAGGUUGUUUCCAAAAGUAUAGGCAAGUUCAGAUGAUUUUGAAAACACAUUCCAGCUUUGCACUCAUUGAGCACCUGCCACAAAUUCGGACAAAGUUUGAGCAUUAUCUUGUUUUAUACCUUCUCAAUUUCAUUUUGCUGUUAAAGAUAGGUACCUUAAAAUCAUCAAGUGGCCCAAUCUAAAUAGUGUAGAUUGUUUUCAAUCUCACCUCUUUAAGCUUUGGCCUCCUUUGUUCCUACUCGCCAAAAUUGCAAAGCCACCCCUGUCCUCAUCUUCAGUAAUGAAAAACCAUUCCUUUUAUUAGUUGUAUGUAUCUUUUUGUCUCUAUUGCAGCUAAUCCUGCCUGUAGUGUUCAGACUGAGGAGUUUGUGAAUAGCCUAUUUGUUUAUCCCUCUUGUAAAGAAGAUUACUGUAUGUACAGAGGCUGUGGAGGGAUGCUGAAAUUACUAAUGUCUUGAUUGACCAGCCUGGUUUCCCAUUUUCUGCUCCAGCCAGGGAUACAGAAACGAUGUCUUUCAUCCUUGCCUUCUUUUCCCUUGCUCUUUUGAGCUCCAAGCGAGAGUGGAAGCCCCUGGAGGAUCGCAGCUGCACAGAUAUCCCAUGGCUGUUGCUGUUCAUUCUCUUUUGCGUCGGCAUGGGUCUUAUUUGUGGCUUUUCAAUAGCUACCGGAGCAGCUGCAAGAUUGGUUUCAGGAUAUGAUAGUUACGGAAAUAUCUGUGGACAGAAGAAUAUAAAAAUAGAUGGGAUAGACAACAGUGGCUUAGACCUCACAAAAAAGAAGUAUGUGUUCUUUUUGGAGCCAUGCAAUGUAGAUCUGGUGAAACGGAAGAUCAAGUCCAUUGCUCUCUGCGUAUCAGCAUGCCCACGGAACGAGUUGAAAACCCUGGCUGAUGUUCAGAAUUUUGCAGAGACUAAUGGCUCUACUUUGUGUAGUUAUGAACUAAAGCCAUCUGAAUACACUACAGAUCCAAGGGCUGCCAAGCUUUGCCCCAAGCUCCCAGUUCCAGAGAGUGCACCUAUUCCAUUCUUCCAUCGCUGUGCUCCUGUGAACAUUUCCUGCUAUGCCAAGUUUGCAGAGGCCCUGAUCACCUUUGUCAGUGACAGUAGUGUCUUGCACAGGCUGAUUAGUGGAGUAAUGACCUGCAGAGAGAUUAUAUUGGGACUUUGCUUGUUAUCACUAGUGCUUUCCAUGAUUAUGAUGGUGAUAAUAAGAUACAUUUCAAGAGUGCUUGUUUGGAUUUUAACAAUUCUUGUUGUUCUGGGAUCACUUGGUGGUACUGGAAUAUUGUGGUGGUUGUACGCCAAGCAGCGGAAGUCUCCUAGUGAUACUCUUACAGUGGAUCAGCUUCAAAUAGCCAAAGACAAUCGUCAGGCCCUUCUGAUCUAUGCCAUUGCAGCUACGGUCUUCACGGUUAUCUUACUGUUGAUCAUGUUAGUUAUGCGCAAGCGAGUAUCUCUCACCAUUGCCUUGUUCCACGUGGCUGGCAAGGUCUUCAUUCACCUGCCACUACUCGUCUUCCAGCCAUUUUGGACGUUUUUUGCCCUCAUGCUCUUCUGGAUCUAUUGGAUCGCGGUCUUGCUCUUCCUAGGUACCACAGGUAGCCCUGUCAAAAACGACCAGGGCUUUGUAGAGUUCCACGUUGCAGGCCCACUGAGGUACAUGUGGUGGUAUCACGUCGUGGGGUUAGUUUGGAUCAGUGAAUUCAUCCUUGCCUGUCAACAGAUGACUGUAGCAGGAGCCGUUGUGACAUAUUAUUUUACAAGAGAAAAACGGAAUCUGCCAUUCACACCUAUUCUGGCGUCUGUCAAUCGCUUGAUCUGUUACCACCUAGGAACUGUGGCUAAAGGGUCUUUCAUUAUUACCUUAGUGAAGAUUCCAAGAAUGAUACUCAUGUAUAUUCAUACCCAAGUCAAAGGAAAAGAAAAUGCCUGCGCUAGAUGUAUGUUGAAAGCCUGCAUUUGCUGCCUUUGGUGUUUAGAAAAGUGCCUGACUUACCUAAAUCAGAAUGCAUAUACAGCCACAGCUAUCAACAGCACCAACUUCUGCACCUCAGCAAAGGAUGCCUUUGUGAUACUAGUGGAGAACGCUCUGCGAGUGGCUGCCAUAAACACAGUGGGAGACUUCAUGCUCUUUCUAGGAAAGGUUCUAAUAGUGUGCUGCACGGGCCUGGCAGGGAUCAUGCUGCUGAACUACCAACGGGACUACACCGUGUGGGUGCUGCCGCUCAUCAUUGUCUGCCUGUUUGCAUUCUUGGUGGCUCACUGCUUCCUAUCCAUUUACGAAAUGGUCGUGGAUGUCCUCUUCUUAUGUUUUGCCAUUGACACCAAGUAUAACGAUGGCAGCCCUGGGAAGGAGUUCUACAUGGAUAAAGUUCUUAUGGAAUUUGUGGAGAACAGCAGAAAAGCAAUGAAGGAAGCUGGCAGGGGAGGUGGAGCCGAAGGCAGGGAGCUCAAACCAAUGGUAGGUCCUCUGGAAGAAGUGGCUGCCCUCUUCCAGGAGUUUCACGUGUACUUCCUGUCCCUUUCUGUUUUCACUGACUAUGCUUCUUCAGGAGAAGUCUUUGUCGUUUGUGUCACUCAGGAUGUUCUGCUUUUUUUGUUUGUGAGCUUGCCUAUCGCCUGGAUGGCAGAGUUUUUGUCACAGCUGAGACCACCUCCCAUAAAAGUAAGCUGAAAGGAACUGUAUCUUCAUACUUCUACUGUGUUUCUGUAACCCCAGAGCGCAACCAAAUUCUCUCAGUAGUGAUGUUACUGGUACUCAGAAUUACCUUUGGGCUGUAAACAUAGAAGGGGGGGAAACAGUCAAUAUGAAACAUGCUGUAUAUAACUAUGUUCCCAGGUAUCCUUUUUGUGGUGGGGUUUCAAAACUUAGUCCAUGGUUUUAACUUGACAUUUACUAUUCUUUUGUUGGAAAAUAUGAUAUUACACGGAGUUGCUAAUAGGAUUCUGGAAGGCCCAGUGGCCAUCGCGAUGAGUCACUUGAUCUCCCUCCACCCCACUUUGCUGGUUGAUAAGUUCUGAGGUGUAUUGGACUGAUUCUAGCUUGUUCAAUUCCCUGUUUAUUUCCAGCCACGUAAGCCAGUCCACUUCAGCCUGAUUUUGACACUUAAUCACUCAUUUUUUUUUAGUUUCCACGCAUUACUCCCAUCAUCAAGGAAGUUGAUACAGUUACUCCUUUCAACCUGCUAAAGCAGGCAUCCCCAAACACGGCCCUCCAGAUGUUUUGGGACUACAACUCCCAUCAUCCCUGACCACUGGUCAUGUUAGCUAGGGAUGAUGGGGAUUGUAGUCCCAAAACAGCUGGAGGGCCGAGUCUGGAGAUGCCUGCGCUAAAGUAACAUUUCUCCUAAUUCUUCUCUCUUUGUCAUUGUUCUUUCUGUGUUUCAAUGUUGUUCCUGGUGGAGAAAUGUGGGUUUGGGCUCCCGCACUUCAGACAUGUCCUUAUUCCAUUUUAACAUGCAGUAACUUUUUGAUAAGUCCUGAAAUUCUUGGAGAUAAGAGAAAGCCAGGAAAAAGUAUGAAGAAAUAAUAUGUUUCAUGUACUCCAUAUUGAUAGCGAUACUGAAGCAACAUGUCCCGUCCCCCCGCCGCAAUAUAAUACUUGUGGCUGGUUCACACUAUACCUUGGGGCAAAUUUUUGCAGCCAGAUACAUUGACUUGGCAAGAUUAACAUAUAGAAAGGAGCUCAUACAUCUCAAAAUUAGAUGUUGCAAUCCUUAUAAUCUCCCUUGAAAAACUGAGAACUCUUAACCCAGCUCUUAACCCAGGUUUCUCCAACCUCAAGUCCCCAGAUGUUGCUGAACUACAACCUCCAUCAUGUCCACCAGCAUGGCUGAAGGCCAGGGAUAAUGGGAUUUGUAGUCUAUUCAUACGUGGCGACCCAACAUUGGGAAAAGCUGCAUUAACUGAUUCCUUUUCACCGGUGCUCGGUUGGCAGUGCUCUUCUCUUUUUCAAAUGCACAGGUGGGCGUCAUUUGACAUGGGGCAGGGGCCUGUGGAUUUCAUUUAGGAUCCCCCCCCUCCCCAUAAUUUGAUCACUCCUUUUCACUCAAAGCAGGUCUAAUGUUUGGCUGUGAGUUAUCAAAAAAAUGAGUUGAUGCAAAUGCAUUUGUAAACUAGCUCGUAAGAUUAGUUGACGUAAUCAAUGUAAAUGACAGCUAUCACAAAUAGUUUCUAAGUCUGACAUGAGAGUUAAGUGAGGAGAAGAUCCUUCACUUUGCUCUUCAAUGGUCUUAACCAUGCAUUAGACUUCAGGGGGUUUAAGGAGAUGAAAAGGAAAGACUAGUUGCUGGCUAACUAAGCCUAAAAAGGUAAAGGGGCCCCUGACCAUCAGGUCCAGUCAUGUCCGACUCUGGGGUUGCGGCGCUCAUCUCACUCUAUAGGCCAAGGGAGCCGGCGUUUGUCCGCAGACAGCUUCUGGGUCAUGUGGCCAGCGUGACAAAGCCGCUUCUGGUGAACCAGAGCAGCGCACGGAAACGCCGUUUACCUUCCCGCCGGAGCGGUCCCUAUUUAUCUACUUGCACUUUGAUGUGCUUUCGAACUGCUAGGUGGGCAGGAGUAGGGACCGAGCAACAGGAGCUCACACCGUUGCAGGGAUUCGAACCACCGACCUUCUGAUCAGCAAGCCCUAGACUCUGUGGUUUAACCCACAGCGCCACCUGGGUCCUAUGUCCACUAAGCCUACAACAUAAUUAAUGUAAUAAUUGCUAAAAGUGUGCCCAUGUGCUGGUGCCCAUUGAACUAAUUUGUCUGAGGAUAUGAACUAGCCAGAUGACAAUAUGGUAGGGUGACCACGGAACAGCACUCAAAACAGAGGGCAACACCAGUGCAGGUUUAUGAAGUUGUGAGAGCCUCCCAGAGCACUAGAACUCAAUCAAAUGGAUUGGCAGGAGGUCCACGCCAAACCCAAGGAGAUAUUGCUUGAUAGAGCACAAUUAAUACAUUGAGGAAGCUGCUUCAUUAAGCAUGAGCAUAGAUGUCUCCUGAAAGUCAUUAGAUAAAUUCAUGAAAGUUCAGUUUCUCUGAGGCUACUAGUAAUGAAUGAUAACUCAGAAUGAGACCUAAGUGUGCAGAGGCUGUAGACUUCUAAUAACUGCAUGCCAGAUGUUUGGGGGCAGGCAAUAGGGGGUGCUCUGCUUUUGAGCUUUCUGGGAGCUUCUGCAUGAUCAAGGCUGGAAACAGAAUAUUUGACUAGAUAGAUAUUUGAUCUGAUUUAGCAAAGAAGUUCUAAUAUUCCUUUUGCAUGUUUGCUCAGGGACCUGCCAAUCCUCUCGGUAGCCCUGGUUGCUACAGUUUGAAGCUGAAACUAAAAAUUAACAUUGUUUUUUUGGAACAUAAUGCUAAACAACAAAUAACUCUGCACAAUCCUCAGGCUUGCAUGCUCCUCCUUUCUCUCUCUCUUCUCUUGGCAUAGCUGUGUGAAGAUCAGAAGCACUUGCUUCCUGAUACAUCCAAACCCAAACUGCUUAGAGUUAGGUCAAACAAGCCAAGACCAAAAUGUGUUUUAUGAUCUUGACUUGUUCGCCAAAGAAGAAAAAGAGAAAAAUAAACGAGUGGAGAGGCCUCUAGGUCUAAUCAUCAGGUCCACAGACUCUUUUGAUCAGGCCCAGUCUUGCUCCCUCCACUGCUCUCACCAGUUUCCCCUUCUCCACCCAUCUCUUCCUCUGCUUUUCCCCAUGCUAGCCGCAACCCUGCUGUUACCGCUGCUGUGAAAAGAGGGAGAGGGAAGCAGCAUGCAGAUAAACUCGGAGGCCCAACCAUGACCCAUGGUGAUCAGGGCAAUGUAGCAUCCUUCCAAAAAAAAUGCUGUAGCUACCACAUCUAGAACUGUGCUGUCAGAAGCUGGGUUACAUGCAAAUGGCAAAAAGCAUGAGCAUAAGCCACACUGAAGCAGAUUCUCUUUCAUCAGAAUUAGACCCAGUGCUUUCUUUCUGGGGGUAUGCGGGGGUACAUGUACCCCUAAACAUUUUGCGUUGCCCCGACCGAUGGGCUGACAUGCCAGCUGUCUCCGCAGUAGCAGCGCAGACUGGAGCUCCGUCAUUCUCCCCGCUGGUGCCUGGGGAGGGGAGUAUGGGGCGGCCACGGUGGAGGUUACAGGACUGCUGCACCUCCUCCUCCUCUUGCUGGGCUACAGCCAGACGGCGACACACACACCCCCUCCUCACUCAAGCCACCCCUGCUGCUGCUGGGGGCCUUCCCGCCCUCUCAGCGCCACCACCUUGAGUCCCUCGUCCGGGGAUAGGGGGGAGGAAGGGGGCGAGGAGAGGAGGAGCAGCCAAAAUGAGAGUACAGUGGUGCCUCGACUUACGAAUUUAAUCUGUUCCGAAGGCACCUUCGUAGGUCGAAAAAUUCGUAAGUCAAAAAGUACCAUUGGAAACGCGAUUUCCCAUAGGAAUGCAUUGGAAACAGAAAAAUUCAUAAGUCGAAGCAACCCCAUCUAAAAAUUCAUAAGUCGAAAAAACCCUAUCUAAAACCGCCGUGGUUUCUGUUCGGAUGUCGAGAAAUUCGUACGCAUGCGGCCAUUUGCCCCAUUCGUAAGUCGAAAAAUUUGGUUGUCGAGUCGUUCGUGAGUCAAGGUACCACUGUACCCCUAAACAUUUUUUUAAGGCGAAAAGCACUGAUUAGACCUACAUAUAUUUUGUAGCUAUUUUAUUUACUUAACUAUUUAUAAGGCACCUUUUCACAUCCAGACCAGUGGAUUUUCCAUGGCACUUGGCUAGUUGUUGUUUUUUACUUGCAUAUUUUAUUGAUGUUUGUCGUUGACACGUGAAGGCAGACUCCCCGUUGAUCUUACUUAGCCACUUGAAUAAAGUUAUAAAUAUAAUAAGCAAAGACUGAAUGCAGCUGACCAUUUACCAGGUGAUGACUUACCACAGAAUGCAUGUUGAUGACUUCUGUUGCUGCCAAGCAACAGGGAGAAUUUUCUCACACACCUGUGCAGGAGUUAAAAAGUAAAGGUAAAGGACCCCUGACAGUUAAGUCCAGCCAUGGACGACUCUGGGGUUGCGGCGCUCAUCUCACUUUACUGGCCAAGGGAGCCAAUGUUUGUCCACAGACAGUUUUUUCCGGGCAUGUGGCCAGCAUGACUAAGCCGCUUCUGGCAAAACCAGAGCAGUGCAUGGAAAUGCCAUUUACCUUCCUGCCGGAAGGUAGGAAGGUAAAUAGGACCUAUUUAUCUCCUUGCACUGGCAUGCUUUCGAACUGCUAGGUUGGCAGGAGCAGAGACUGAGCAACGGGAGCUCACUCCAUCGCGAGGAUUCAAACCGCCGACCAUGUGAUCGGCAAGCCCAAGAGGCUCAGUGGUUUAGACCCACAGCGCUACCAGCGUCCCUAGCUUUGGGAGUUAUCUGCAGUCUAAUCUGGAGAAAUUUCUGAUAGUAAUCAGCAACCAUUUCCCCAAACUCCUGCAUUGUUGGACAUCCUCAUCCUAGGACCUAGAUGAAAGUAUGAGCCAGUCUGACUGUAUCCCUUAGAAUAAAACCAUAGUUUCAAUGCAGCUCCCUGGUCAGCAGGGAGGGGCAACAGAGUUUACUUGAAUUUCCAUCACCAGUGUUGCUUCAGUUUGCUGGGAGGAAGGGGGAAGCAGUGAGGUUCAGCAUGGUGCAAAUGCACUGGCAGAGCCAAUCCAGUGCCCCCUGCUGGUGUUUGCACUGCGCCCCCGCCUUGCCCCUCUUCCUCCCGGUAAGUCAUAGCAACACCAAAAGCAGGAAGCCAGGUAGGUGCCAUCACCUCUCCCCACUGUUGGAAUAUUCUGCUUGCUGAGAAUUUUGUAUUAUGCUUCCUUUACGUUAGUGCCGAUUGCUAAAGUUUCAAAAGAGCUCCGCAAAGGCAUUUUCCUUUUUUUAAAAAAGGAGGCUGUUUGGAAUUAAUGUUUCACUUUUUAAUAUCAGAAUAGUAGGGGAAAUCAGAUAAGCAUUAUUAAAUUAAAUGCCAGCACACUAUAGAUUACCAACACAGUUAAUUAAUGAAACAUCAUAGAAUUUCCUAAGAACUGCCAUAUAUCAACCCUUUCUUGAGGAUAUUCUGUUGCAAAAACCAACAUUUUCUUUAGUAAAUUAAUGCACUAUUUUAAAUUUGCUGGCUUGAAUUUCAAAUACAGAAACAUCAUAGAAUUUCCUAAUAACCGCCAUAUAUCGAGCCUUCUGUAUGAACAUUUUCUUGAGGAUGUUCUGUUGCAAAAACCAACAUUUUCUCUCUCCCCCCCUCCCAAAUUCUUUAGUAAAUUAAUGCACUACAUUAAAUUUUCUGGCUUGAAUUUCAAAUGCAGAUAACUUUUCAAAAUUACUGUGCUGGUUAUGAUGGUGCUUUUCUGCCUGUAAACAUCACUGCCUUUUUUUUUUAGUCAUUUCCUAACUUUAUUU